AUGUUGGUCGAGACAUCAAAUCUCUCCGAAGAGGUGAGAUUGUUUGCUAUCUCUCUAAUGCUGCUCAUGGCUCAUCCAACCUUCAAGUCGUCAUUGUGGCGUUUCAUGACACACGAGGAACGCUUGCGGCUGUAUGCAUUCCAUCAGCAAGCUCGUUAUGGUGAUGCACCCCAAAAAUAUGACUCUUCUUUAGAGUCCUGGCUCAGGACGGGAAUUUAUUUUCCUGUAAUGCAAACAAAUCAAACUCAAGCAAUACGCGAGUCACUUGAAAAAAGCCCUGCUCCACAACCUGAGGUUUCUUCAGCCUCACGCUCUUCGAGUUUCUUAAGCUGGCUGAACGUCAGUGCACGCCUGAGGUACCGGCGUUGGGCCAGCCUGCGAGGUCGAAUGACUCAGGCAGUCGCUGUUGAGGCUUUCUGUGCAGAGGUUCUCGCGUUAAUGGUUCGUCACAAGGCAUUUCCGUUAGUACCCCUGGUGGAGGCAGCCCUGAUUCGUGCAAACUACGAGGCCAUCUCCGUAUCCCAGCAAACCCGCGCUAACGACUCUUCAGUAGGCGGUAAGAAUUUUUCUUUUCGUCACCUCUACACCAAAGCGACGCAGCGUCUUGUUCCACGCACCUCAGGGACCCCUUCUUCAGGCCUGUUGCCGCCUAUUCUUUUCUGUGUGCACGCCCUCGAGCAGGAUCCGGCUGCUAUGGCAAUGAUGUGGCUUUGCCGGGCUCAUGGAAUCUCGUACGAAUUUAUGCUUGAACCCUUUUCAAAGCCCAGCACAUGGUCCAUAAAGGGCUUUUUAUCGGGUUUUUUAGCUCGUCAAACCGGUGCAAGUGAUUUGUGUCAUACUAAGAUUAUGUUGGACGACUAUAAGGAUGCGGAUAAUUUACCGUUUUGCUGUGGCAUACGCUUUGGAGCUCACUUUUUCCCGGUGUUUACUCCAGAGGCCGGUUUCCAACUUCUCUUCGAUGUGUUCCUGUGCAAUAUGCCGCAUUGGGGUAAACUUUUUGUAAUGGAUACCCCUCUCCUCGCUUCAGGCAAAGGUGACAGUCCCCACGUUGGACGGGCAUCAACGACAAGACCAACAGCAUCUUCAGCAGCUAACGAUCUUUCUUCUCACACUCCAAACCCAGCCACUUGUUAUCCCUUUUUAUCCACUUCACAGGCUAACAUGCAGGCGCUGACACAAAAGGCUGCAGAGCGCUGUGUCUGGAUGGAUAUGCUUAAACACAUCACAACACAUCUUCGUGGGCCCAUUAUGAAGCUCAUCAUGGAUCCUUCUGCUCAGGCGUUCGUCCAAGGCUCGGUGCCUGACAGGUUCAGCUGUACCACACAUCUGGCAAGGGAAUCAAGUGCAGAACGUGAAACAAACACUUCGUGGACCUACGCCGCAGCUAUUCCUUCGUUGAGUGCAGGUAAACCUUCCCGAAAGGAACUUUUGCGGACCACUUCGAAACAUUUCCAUCGUUUUGAGCGACUCUUUCUUCAAAGUGUUGUGACCCAACACGAGCAGGAGACGGGAGCGGUACCUGAGGCUGUCCUUUCUGACGCACGUGCUGCGAUCAACGUUGUGCUGCGUUAUUUCAAAAGCAGCAGUAAGAGGCUGCGUCGGUUGGUUAGUAUCACGGAUGCUUACACCGCAUGUUGUGCUUACCUCCUUUGUACAAGCACGUUUACGCAGGAUGUGUUUCCCACGUUUCCUCCUCCUUCGCUUACGAUGAAGUCAAUGGACACGAUGGACCCAUUAUCAUAUAGAAGUUCGAUGACAGGUACUCAGCAGGUUGCUCGUACCGCGCCGUCUCGUGUUACCUUGGGGCUGUCCUGUAGCAGCAUCUCCUCUGAGCGGGAUCCCAACUUGAUCGCUAGGAUCCCGUCUGCACCAACUGAAGUGCGCGUUUGCCUGCCAGGUGUUUCGUCGUCUUGCAACGAUCUGCUUAAUCGGGUCGUUCACGCUGAGGAGAAGGCUGCACAGCACCGCUUGUUGAGCGCACAUGCACUCUGCCUCACUUCCAUCGGCACUAACCAAGAUGGCGGCGAGGUUGAUAUUGAUGCAGGCAUAACAUUUCCUCAAAGAGGGAAGUUCCCAGGCAUUCUGUCAUAUCAUAUGACGCGUGUAUCUGCGACGGCGGCCGAAGGGAUAGAGAGCUUGAUUUUUACGCGUUUGAGAUCGUGUCACUCUGCUGAGCUUGAUCCAAGUGACCCCACGAACAAAGCGCUCAGUCCUUUUAUAGUGUUCGCACAUAUACUUUCACAGUCCUGGAGGAUCAGCCAAGAACAGUGUGUGGGUUUUCCGUAUCUCAUGUUGGAUCCUAAACGCCGGAUUCCUCUCAUGAUGGAGUUUAUUGAGCAGCAGGCUUCUUCCGACCGAGGAAUACGGGAGCAACGCGUCGGUGCCGAGCCAGCCCCAGCGCCACACAAGGGGCUCGAGACGCAGCCACCUGUACCUGGCUCUGAAAGACGGUUUUCCACGCCCGUGAAUAAUAUCGUCGGGGAGCCUAACUCGGGCUGGGGAGCGACGUUACAAAAUGCUUGGAGAAUGUUGACGCAGAUCUCAACCGACAAUAAUUCGACAGAAGAUGGAGGUACGCCAUCGACGGAGUGCAAUCCCAUAUAUGGAAACAGAAGUAUGAUGGACUCAAAAAUUUAG